AUGCGUGUACUGUCCUUCAUUGGAGCCCUGGCUCUCCCCGUGUCUCUCUUUGCCCAUCCCACCCAGAACUCCCCCGGUGGCGCUGGUGUUGACUUAGAAGCCUUUCGCUUGAGUCCCCACGCAAAAUACAUCAACUCCGAUCAGCACACCCCGGAUUCAACCACGAGCAUCGUCUUCAUGGAGCAAAGCUACAUCGAGACCGCGACUCAGCUGGUCAGAGAGAAGGCUCCAGAUGCGAGCUUCCGAGUCCAGGACGAUCACUAUAUCGGUCAGAACGGUGUGGCCCAUGUUCACUUUCGCCAAACCAUCCACGAUAUCGAUGUCGACAAUGCUGAUUUCAACGUUAACAUCGGCAAAGAUGGCAAGGUCUUCUCUUAUGGAAACUCCUUCUUCACCGGAAAAGCCCCUGACACCAAUCCAUUGACCAAACGUGACUUUACGGACCCCGUGGCGGCUCUCAAGGCGGCAAUGACACGUCUCAAGCUCCCCAUUCAAGCUGAAAGCGUGACUGCCGAAUCCACGGAACAUCCGGAGAACUACAUCCUUCGAGGCACGUCCGGUGCAGUCUCAGACCCGAAGGCUGCACUCGUCUAUGUGGUCAAGGCGGAUGGUUCUUUGGCAUUGGCUUGGAGAGUGGAGACGGACGUGAAUGAGAAUUGGCUCCUGGCCUACGUGGACGCAAAAACAGCGGAGGAAAUCCAUGGAGUUGUUGAUUACGUUUCUCAAGCCACGUUCAAAGUCUACGCUUGGGGAACAAACGACCCGACGGAUAGUAGUGCUCAGGUCGUUGUGACGGAUCCAUGGGACGAGAAGGUGUCCUCAUUUACAUGGUUGGGAGACGGAGAGAAAAACUAUACGUCGACACGUGGAAAUAAUGGCAUUGCUCAAGAGAAUUUUAGAGGCAGAGGAGAUUACAUCAAUAAUUUCAGACCAGACAGUCCCUCACUGGAUUUUCAAUAUGAUUACGCUGGAGAUAAGUCUCCGAAAGACAACAUCAACGCUUCUAUUACUCAACUUUUCUAUACUGCUAACACAUACCAUGAUCUUCUGUACACGUUGGGUUUCACUGAGAAAGCAGGUAACUUCCAAUGGAACAAUCGCGGCCUAGGAGGCAAGGAGAAGGACUAUGUGAUUUUGAACGCGCAGGAUGGCUCGGGAAUGAACAAUGCUAAUUUUGCCUGUCCCCCGGAUGGAAGCCCAGGCCGCAUGCGCAUGUAUAUUUUCACAAACUCCACACCUUAUCGCGACGGAGCAAUGGAGGCCGGGGUUGUGAUUCAUGAGUAUACGCACGGCUUGUCUAUACGACUGACAGGUGGCCCCGCCAAUUCCCGCUGUUUGAGCGCCUUUGAGUCUUCUUGCAUGGGAGAAGGAUGGGGCGACUUCAUGGCGACUGCAAUCCGUCUCAAACCCCAGGACACGCGUGCGACGAAUUACGGUAUGGGGGUUUGGGUGGACAACGAUCCGAGGGGCAUCCGGCAGCAUUUGUAUUCGACCUCGAUGCAAACCAACCCACUGGUGUAUACUUCCAUGAAUGGCGUCUACCGGGUCCACGCUGGGGGAACUAUCUGGGGAACGAUGCUGUACGAGGUGUUGUGGAACCUGAUCGACAAGUAUGGAAAGGAAGAUGGCUCGCGACCAGUCUUUGAUGACAAGGGGGUCCCGAAGGACGGUAAAUAUUUGACGAUGAAGCUUGUAGUCGAUGCCAUGGCCUUACAACCUUGUAACCCCAACUUCAUUCAGGCUCGAGAUGCCAUCUUGGACGCAGACCAAGCUCUCACAGGAGGCCAGAACAAGUGUGAGAUCUGGACCGCUUUUGCCAAACGUGGCCUAGGGAAGGGAGCUUCCUAUGACUACCGUAGGCGUGUGGGAAGCAACGAAAUCCCUAGCGACGUCUGCGAGCAGAAGAUCUAA